CGUAAACACAUGGUUUACAUGUGAGGGAACAGUUGGUCUCUACUUUAUUUUCGACGAUUGUCAAUGGCAGCGACCAGAAUGGAAAUUUUAAAGUUAUAUAAGCAACUUCUAAGAGAAUCUUCAAAGUUUUCUUCCUAUAACUUUAGGCAAUAUGCCCUCAUGCGUGUAAGAGAUGCUUUUCAUGAAAAUAAAAACUUGACAGAUGCCACAGCUGUAAAGAAGCAAGUAGCUGAUGGAUACAAGAACCUGGCUACCAUCAAAAGACAAGUGAUCAUUGGAGACAUGUUUGAACCACAAAGAUUAGUCAUAGAGAAGCAAAUCUCUUAAUUGUUUCCUGCUGUAUCAAUUCUAACGUUAUUAGGAUGUAAUUAUAGUAGGAUUUAGUAAUUAAAAAAAAGAAGAUAUUCGGUGACCCAUGUUUACUUGAUCAGUAUGAAUAAAAAAGUUGGUUUCUUCUGUA